GCUUGUGGAUUGCUCUGGAGGGACCGGAGGCGUCAUGAACAGAAGAAAAGACCCUCCACGUCUACAAGACAUGGCGUAUCAGAAAUUCUGUCUGAUGGUGCGGGGAGCAGGGGUCAACUGGACCCACAGACUACGCUCAGCUGCCGUUAUCAGCCGGAGUAGCUGGCUCCAAGAGAUCAAGUCUGUGGAGGAAGAGUGUGUCGUGGUGCGCGCAAACCUCGCCUCCCUACCCGUGCCCUUAAUUUCAGAGUUCAUUGUCCCAGAGUCCAUCGAGGAGUUCACGGAAAUCCUCGAAAUUUACGACAACAACAUUAACACUCCGCGUGUCAGCAGACCUGAAGACGGGAAAAUUCAUCGCGAUGUUUGCACACACAUGUUAAAAGCCGUACUUCUGCCUUGCAUGUCGAGGUGCUCUAUAGAAAGUACGGACUCUGAUUUUGUGCGAGAGCUUUUAAUCGAACUGCUGUUUGUUAUCCCAAACAUUAAAGUUUUGGUCAUGCCAUCAGUACAGGACCUUAACUACAUGCAGCUCUUUGUAGAAAGAAUCCAGAUUUUGACUAAUUUGCAGGAGUUUUACUUUCACGUUGGCUGUACCAGAGAGAUUAUCGUCGAGUUAUCGAAAUAUUGCCGUCAUAUGAAGCACCUGUCUGUCCAAGAUUCAAGACUUGUGGAUGAUUGUUGUGUAGAACACUUGCUGAAGUUCAGACAACUGUGUAGUCUGAAUGUCGCUGACACAUCAGUUUCUAAUAUCGGAUACAGAAUUCUUCUUUCCGGUUUGCCAGAAAUUCAGAAUGUCGUGUGGCUUGAUAUAAUUGACCCUGUACUAAUGAAUUUAUCGACGAUUCUUACUUCAGUGCGGACGUUUACUGGAAAAUUUUCAGAUGCAGAAUUGCUUGUUCGAAAUUGCCCAAAUCUAACUGAAGUAAAGCUGGCCUCCCUUACUCAGGAUGUUUCAGGCCUGGGCGAACUGAGAUGUGUCACUGAUAUUCUCAUGCUGCUAACGAGCUGUACGGCUAUUAGGUUUCGUAAUGUCAUUAGUCGACUGGGCCAAACUCUAACAAGGUUAGAAAUGUACCAGGUCAUGAACAUAAACAUGGAUGACUUAAUUAAUUAUUGCAUUGUUCUGAACACACUUGUCAUCAGUUAUUGUCACAUCACAUAUAGAGAAACACGCUAUCGUAAAUUGCCACACUUUCAAAACCUUACAGAGUUAAGAUUAAGGCACAACUGGGGACACUCUGGAUUCACAUUUGUCUUUCACCUGUACGUCAAUCUGAAUAUAUUAAACAUCUUGGGCAUGGAAGAAGUAACUGAUGAGUACAUCGGUGAAAUUGUGACGGUUGGCGGAUUCAGAAAUCUCACUGAAUUUAUCGUUGACCACUGCGGAUACUUGAGCAUGGAGACGGUAUGGUUAUUAAUGAACAGUUGUCCCCAUUUGACUUUGCUUGGAAAUAUUAGCAGUUGGCCUGGCGUUCAAAACGGUGACUGGAUGACAUUUUUAAAUUUUGUGAAAGUUAAUAAUCUUUCACUGACUGUAUAUUGUUGAGUGCAAAUUAUUUUCAAGAAACUAAGAAAGUGUAGGACAGUUCUAAACUGACUGAAGUCCUUUACAAGUGCUUCACACAAUUCCUUCCGAUUACGUGUGUCGGACACGUCAAUACAUUUUAGCAUAAAACCGUAUGACAUCAGGAAUAUCAUCAUCAAUUUUAUUAAUGUAAUCUUGAGGACUUUUGGGUUCACAGAUGAAAUAUAAGAGUAAUGUAGAAAAUUUGAACUAAAUAUCUUUUAUAACAAAUACCAUGAUGGUGCUAAAACACUUAUAUCCUAAACCAUUCUUAACAAUGUCAGAGAAUUCUGUGAAAAUGCUACAUGAAACUUAACGUAGAAGCGUUUUCGAGUCCAGUAAACAUCAGACUUAAACUUACGUGAGCAGUCAGAAUGCAUGUUAUUUUUAAAAUAAAGAUUGCAUGUAGUUUUGUUAUGAGAAUUCCCAAUGCAUGAUAUAAAGUGUGUUGUAUUUGAAAUAAUUUACUGUUUCCAAUGAUUUUAGCGCAUGAUACUUUAUGCAAACAUAUGUGUAUUUUAUUUUCAUUUUAAAAUAAUAUAGAGUUUCAAUACAGUUUCCAGUAUUUAAAAGCGAUUAUAAGAUAUUAAGGACUUCUCAAGGAAACCAUGUUUUACUACUAACCUGAAAUGGUCAAUAAAAGCAUUUGUGUUA